AUGUUGUUAAAUCUAGUGCUACAGGGUACGCUUUCUGAUGGAAGGGUGAUUGAUGUGAAGCAACUUUCUCAAGGAUCCCACCAGGGGAAAAAUCAGUUUAUUAAUGAGAUUUCUGCCCUUAAUGCAGUGCAACAUCGCAAUCUUCUGAAAUUGUAUGGAUGCUGCAUUGAAAGAACUAGGUGCCUCCUUCUUUAUGAAUAUCAUGAAAACAAAAGCCUUGAUAAAGCAUUGUUUGGAAAUACGGUGUUGCAUCUCGAUUGGCCCACCCAAUUUAAAAUAUGUUUGGGAAUUGCAAGAGAACUAGCAUAUCUUCAUAAGGAGUCAAAGCCGAAAAUUGCACAUCAAGAUGUCAAAGCAAGUAAUAUUUUACUUGAUACAGAACUCUCUCCCAAGAUAUCAGAUUUUAGAUUGGCAAAGCUGAUUGAUGAUAAGAAAACUUACAUCAGUACAGGAGUUGCAGGAACCAUUGGGUAUCUGACAUUGGAGUAUGCAAUGCGUAGACACCUGACAGAAAAGGCUGAUAUAUUUAGUAUUGGUGUCGUUACUCUGAAGAUUAUCAAUGGAAGAGCAAACUCUGAUACUAGGUUAGAUAGGGAAAAAGUUUAUCUUCUUGAAUGGGCCUGGAGUCUUCAUGAAAGCGACCAAAAUUUGGGGCUGGUUAAUCCCACACCAACAGAAUUUGAUGAAAAUGAAGCAGUAGCUCUCUUAUGCACUCAAGCAUCACCAAUGCUUCGGCCACCCAUGUCACGAGUUGUGAACAUGCUUACUGGAGAUAUAGAAGUGGAAGCUGUUACAUCAAAGCCAAAUUAUUUGACUGAUUGGGAUUUUAAUGAUGCAACAAAUUCCUUUCCGAAUUACGCUAUUGAUGCAUCUUCUUAUUCAGCAAGAAUAAAAGUGACAAUCCAACUGAUGUUAGCCCAGGAGUCGACCCAUUAA